AUGGUCUUAUGGAAGGUAGUUCACGACGGUGAGCUCAAAACAUGGUGGUUCUACGUUACCAAGCAUCUCUCCCAUGCGGUCAUCUGCGGCAUGGACCUCUUGCGUGGUCUUAGCUUCACGUUGAAGAUGUCACCAGGAUCUCAAGAGGUCUCAACGAAUGCCGAGCAGGGUGAGGUUGGCUGUACCUUCACUUCGAUAGUGACUAUAUUGAACACCAUUUCGCAACGGUCUGAGGUUAACUCGAGGGACUUUGGCCAGGAUACUGUGCUCUGCUCAUCGGAGAAACCGGUACAAUUGUUAGCAGACGAUACUCUGGUCGACAUCGUCCCGGACAUCUCUAGUCUGCCAAACUCGCAUCCUGAACCAAUACAGCGGCACGUCCAUCGCAUUCCAUGGGUGAGCGAGGCGAGGCCCAACCGUAGCCGGUCUCUUAGACGUGCGAAGCAGAUGUCGAGGAAGCUUGAAGAGAAGCUGAGGAAGGACCCAGUGGCGUACCGACAAUGCUGUGAGCAGAUCGACAUGUUGGUGAAGCGUGGGUUCGCAAGACCGGCAUCCGAGGACGAGAUCAAUCAUGCUUACGGACUAUUGGUGGUUCGUCGAGCUUCUUCGUCCACGACGCCUAUGCGUGUGGUAUUAGAUGGAUCUACUUUGCGAGGGUUCGUUUCAGCCGGAGUGAUAUAUGAUCGGUCCGUGGUCAGUCCGUUGUUGGUACUCCGCCGCUAUGCUUUCUUCACGCUAGCGGAUCUAGAGGAGGCCUUCUAUUCACUCUCUAUUGUCAGCACCGACUGUGGUGCUCAAGGUUACUACUGGGCUGGGCAAUGGUACAUACUGCUCCGAGCGGGCAUGGGACUUCCCGCUUCGCCUUCUAUGCUGCAAACGUCAAUGCAGGUCACUCUCAAAGAGUUUGAUGAUCACGUUGCUCCUACUCUGCUAUUGGCAUCGUACUGCGUUCGGUCCUUUAUGGAUGAUAUUGCACAAGGAGCUAGUUCUGUAAACGACAGAGACCUCCUUGCCGAGGGAGUGAACACCACGAUCACUAAGAAUGGCUUCUCUGAGCAGCGACCUAAGAGGAUACAGAAUUGGGUGAACGGCGUGGAUAAUGAAGACGACAAAGCCGGGGCGCUGUUUGGGGUCUUGUGGAACCCGCAGACGGACUCCUUAUCACUGGCGGCGGUCCCUGAUCUCGGUCAUGCAGGAAGUGACAAAGGCCGAUCAUCGAGUCUAACACUGCGUAAAUAUAUCUCCUGGUUGAACUCUCACUUUGACCCGAUGGGGUUGAGGCUUGAGGAAGCCAUGGCAGGGCUCGGGCGUUACAUGAUACGUAUGAAACGGCUCGAGCAACUCCUCGAUUCGUAG